AUGCUGUCCGCCUUCUAUUUCAUCGCCAAUGCGGUCAAGCCGGCUUCCAAGGCCACGAUCACCUCAGGAAACCCCACCCAUGGAUCGAACAUUACCUAUAAGAAGCAUUAUUCGUCUGCACCACACUAUGAACAAGAAUCGUUCCAUAUCCGGCCCCCAGUCGCACCCGGGUCCAGCAUCGGCGAUAUCAAGAAGACUCCCCUGCUCUUCCAGCCCUUCACAGUCAAGGACCUAACCCUGGCCAACAGGAUCAUUGUCGCACCCAUGUGCAUGUACUCCUCCAAGGAUGGAUUUAUGACCGACUAUCAUCUGGCCCAUCUGGGAUCGUUCGCCAUCUCUGGCGCUGGCUUGGUUCUGGCAGAGGCCACUGCUGUGGAACCUAGAGGCCGCAUCAGCCCUGCAGACACGGGUAUCUGGUCCGACGAUCAUAUCCCGGCCAUCAAGCGCGUCGUCGAUUUUGUGCAUUCUCAGGGAUCCAAGAUGGGCAUCCAGCUUGCCCAUGCCGGUCGCAAGGCUUCUACCAAAGUCCCCUACGACUCUGAGGCUUAUCCCGAUUCUGAGUACUGGAAUGAUGAUGUUAUUGCCCCUUCUGGCGGCCCAGAAUUCCAAUGGGACGAGAAGCACGUCGUACCCCGCUCGCUCUCCAUCGCCGAGAUCCAACAGGUUAUUAAGGCAUUCGGUGCUGCUGCUGUCCGAGCCGCCAAGGCAGGCAUGGACACUGUCGAGGUCCACGGUGCUCACGGCUAUUUGAUACACAACUUCCUCUCGCCUGUCACCAACCAUCGCACAGACGCCUAUGGCGGUUCGCUCGAGAACCGUGCCCGCCUUAUGUUGGAGGUCAUUAAAGAAGUUCGGACCAACUUCCCUGCUGAAAAGCCCAUCUUCCUCAGAGUCUCGGCCUCGGACUGCAUCGAGCAUUUGGAGGGACCAUCCUGGGAGAUUGAACAGACUGUCCAGAUCGCCAAGUGGGCCAAGGAGGCCGGUGUCGAUGUGAUCCACAUCUCGUCCGGAGGCAACACUGCUCAGCAAAAGGUUUUGUAUUCGCCCGGUUACCAGGUUCAUUACGCUGAGCGUGUCCGCAAGGAUGUCCCUGGCCUGGCUGUUGUCGCUGUCGGGUCGAUCACGGGCGGAAAGCAGGCCCAAGAGGUCCUUGAGGCCGAGAAGGCUGACCUUGUCGCUGCCGCACGCAGUUUCCUGAAGCACCCUUCCUUUACGCUAGACGCCGCCCGCGAGUUGGGUAUCAAGGUCUCAUAUGCACCCCAGUACUUUGCUGCAAAAUACGUAUAG